AUGACCCGCGUCCGCGCGUGGACGCGCCCGGCCGAGUUCCUCGUAUACGUCGUGCCCGUGGGCGACGACGUGCCGCCGCCGGAGCUGGCGUCGUACAUGCGUCUCUUACAGAGGCAUUGCGUGCUCCCGCUGCGCAGCCUCACGCGCCCCGGGGGCUACGCCGCCGAGCUCUCGCCGUUCCGCGGCUUGUCAUGGACUGGCUCGGGGUCGCUGCGCUUUCGCUUCGUGUCAGUCGCGGCGGAACGCAUUGACAUGUGCAAUGGAGAGGACGUGCACGCGAGUCACCGUGUCAUGGGCGUGCUGGGGCUGUGCCACUGCCCGUCGCUGGCCCAAAGCACGGGGCUCCAGGCCGCGUACGUGCAGUUCCAAGCAUCCGUGCGACGGUUUCCCGCGCUACUUGUGCACAAACUCUUUGCGUUCGAGCACACUUUCGAAGACCUGCGGGCCGUGCAAGAGUACGAACGGCUGGACGACCUCGUGAUGUUCCCAAUGGACCACGAACUGCAAGGCACGGGCGAGUCCACCGUGAGUCUGCACUUGCAGGUUGUGAUGAACACACUCGCGGUGCACAUCGUCAUGUCGCUCGAGAGCGCGAUUCGAUCGGUAACGUCGUCGUUGGCAGUGGCCAGCAACUUGACGUUGACGACAGAUUUGGAUUCAGCAGGCCGAGAAGAUCUUGCUAGUGUUUUGUUGGACGUCCGCGUUGAGCCACAAGUGACACACGACGCUCAGUGUUCUCCACUGGUGCUGUCUAGAGAUGAACGAAACGAGGGUGACUCGUUUCACGCAGUUUCGACUUCGGACACUCGCUUGUCGGGAUCAUUGUUUUCGUCUCCUUCCGCUCUAUCACCGCUGGGCGCUGGCACGGCGGCGUUGAAGCCGACGCGCUAUACUUCACGACGAAAGCGACAGGAUGCUCGUAGAGAAAAGCUUUUGGGGGAUUACAAUGUCCUGGUGAGCUGCAUCUCGGGUGCAAUGCACCACUAUGUAAUAGCGAUCGAGAUGCUGCGCGAAGAAGAGCGGCACAGUGGUGGUUCUCCGGGAGAUGCUUUGUGGCUUGCCGCUGCGCUGGAGGGAUACGUAUAUUGCUUGUACACUGAAUCACAGGACAAGUUCUCUGCUGAACUUGUGGAGAAAGCAUCAGAGGCCGUUGCAUUUUACGCAAACGCAGGCACGACUGAGCUUGAGAGUCUGUUUAUUGAGAAUCUUGGGUGGUACUACACAAGUGUGGCUAUGUCAACCAGCAUGUCAAUGACAGGGGAAGCAAAAAUGCUCGAAAGUGUGUGGGUAAAGCGUUUGCUCUGGGACGUGUUGGAAAGAGGGAUGUCAUUGUUUCCAGACUUGCAGUCCCAGCGCCAAGUCGAGUUUUUAAUACAAACGAGUCGCAUGCUGGAGACAGCGGGCCAUCAUCGACGUGUCGCGCUCUUUCUCCACGAAGCUGCAUCUCUUUUGCUAGCCCGCAACGCAGACGCGCAAUCGCUUUCACCUACCAGCGCGACAAAAAGACCGCAGUGGCGUAGAGACUUAGAGGCUGCUCUCGUUUUGGAACGAAUGGCAGCGGAGCAGUUGGGCGUUCAGGAUUUGGGUAUCCGAAAAGGCGAGUUUCUGCCAUGGGAAUUCACGUCACAGUAUCGGAAGAAGUGGAAGAAAAGCAUGUCUGCAACAGAUGGAUCGACGAAUAUUCCAGACAACGCAUGGCUGGUCAUUCGUUUCCACGUGCUUCGGCAACUCUUGACCAUCGCAAAGAUGUUGGGCAACGCACUUCUUGUCGGAACAUAUUGCCUCCAGCUGUUAGAAAUGCUAGUGUGCAACCCGCUGCUUCGCUUCGUAAUCGACGUCAAGUCGUGGAACGGGUUACAGCUGACCUUCACUCCAAAAGCGGCCUUUUAG